AUGAACGAUAAGUACCUGAGGGAUAUAAUUCUGAGCUUCAUGAUUGCUGGGAAGGACACAAGCGCUGCAUCACUCUCUUGGUUCUUGUACAUGCUCUUCAUAAACCCACUUGUUCUGGAGAAAGUCGUACAAGAAAUAAGAGAUGUGACAUCAAGUCACGAGAAAACAACCGAUGUUGAUGGUUCCGUUGAAAGUAUAAACGAAGAGGCUCUUGAUCAGAUGCACUAUCUCCAUGCAGCCUUGUCUGAGACCUUGCGGCUUUACCCUUCUGUGCCUGUGAUAGUGAUGACAUUCUUCCAGAUGGCCAGAGUGAACAAAGGUGAUAAUAUCUACUACAUAGCCUAUGCGAUGGGUAGGAUGACUUACAUUUGGGGUCAAGAUGCUGAGGAAUUCAAGCCAGAGAGAUGGCUCAAGGACGGCGUGUUUCAACCCGAAUCACCAUUCAAAUUCAUAAGCUUUCAUGCUGGUCCACGAACCUGUCUUGGCAAGGAUUUCGCUUACAGGCAAAUGAAGAUAGUAUCAAUUGCCCUUUUUCACUUCUUUCGCUUCAAAAUGGCUGAUGAGAUGUGCAAUGUCCGUUACAAGAGAAUGCUUACACUUCACAUCAAAGGAGGACUUCAUCUCUGUGCAAUCCCAAGGACACACAUUUGA